UUUCUAAGUAUUUGUGUAACAAAUUAAGUGUGUGAACAAAAUAAAAAAGAAUCAUUCAAAUUAUACUUAUCAAGCCUCCACUUUGGUAUGCAGGUGUGUUAUCAAAUAACAUACUAUAUAAAUGAGACUUUUGAGGACUUUUUUUCAUUCUACUUCAGAGCAGAAGGCUGGCCUGAACAAUGCUGUCACUCCAGUCACUUCGCAUACUUGCAGCAGCAGUUUUUUUUCUGGUGAUGUGUCAUGCUGAGGAGAAGUGUGCAGGAAUUCCUGGAAUCCCUGGCACCCCAGGAGCCAAUGGAUUGCCUGGAAGAGAUGGCAGAGAUGGUAUGAAAGGAGACUCAGGCCCACCAGGUCCUCAGGGUCCACCCAGUGGCAUGCCAGGUCUUCCCGGAAGAGAUGGGCUUCCUGGGGUGAAAGGUCCCCAGGGUGAAAAAGGCAACAAGGGGGAGAGAGGGGAGCCUGGACCACAAGGCCUGCCUGCUUCUGUUGAUCCUGAAUUGCAAGAAAGCCUCCAGGUUUUAAAACAUCGAAUUACCAGACUGGAAGGAGUCCUUACUUUGGAAGGAAAACUAACAGAAGUGGGGGAAAAAAUUCUCGCUACCAAUGGGAAAGAAGUCAAUUUUGAAACCACAUUAAAAGCGUGCGAACAUGCUGGUGGCUCCAUCGCCACCCCCAGGAACAAGGAGGAGAAUGAUGCUAUUUUGGAUAUUGUGAAACAGUUUAACAGAUAUGCUUAUCUGGGUAUAAGGGAGAGUGAUGUUCCAGGUGAAUUCCAGUGUCUGGAUGGGAAACCUCUGAAUUAUACCAACUGGCAUGCUCAUGAGCCAAAUGGCAAAGGAGGGGAAAAUUGUGUGGAGAUGUACACUGAUGGAGGCUGGAAUGACAAAAAAUGCAACCAGUACCGCCUCACUAUCUGUGAAUUUUAAAGCAUAUCCUCUCAGUAAUUUCAUAGUGCAGAGUCCAUGCAAUAUUCUGUGUCUCAGACAUAAACAGGAGCCUGCUCUCUCAGCAAUAUAGCUAAUGUCUUCUGUGAUUAUUUUAUCUGAGAGAAACAAAAUCAUGAUAUAAUAUUUUCCUUCCUCAUGCUACUAAGGAAAUAGUAGCUAUCGAAGGUGAUUGAUUUGUAACUAGAAUUAUCUCUAAUUUGAGAGGGGGUUAAUUAUAGUAACCAAACUCUGCAUUGUCUCACUGUGGCUGAGUAAGCUCCAGGUAAGGAUUUCAGGGUUUGGCUUAGUGUGUUUGAGGAGUCCCAUGCUAAAAUAACUUCGUACAUUCCAUUGUAGUUACAUGCCUAGAUAAUGCAGCAUAUACUAUGCAACAACAUUAGAGGAACAGGUCUCAAUCCUGGAAGGAAAUGCACACAGGUAUAUUUCAGUGGAUCCGCCAACAUGCAUCUCUUUGCAGGACUGAGGCCAUACUGUGUAAUAUGAAACCCUGCAAUAAAAUUCAACUCAGUUAUUAUAAAGGGAGAUCACAACAAAAGCCCUGGAAAUCAUAGAUCAUUUAGCUAUACUGCAAGAUACCCAUUUUGUUUUUGUGUGUCAAAUACCCUGUUCUCCUAUAGCACUAUAGAAAUAGUCAUUUACAGUUCUGUCAAGACUCUUCUAUAUCAUACUAACCACUGGACAAACAAUAUCAUUCUGAUGUGUAAACUGAAUAGAUUUUACACACCCACACAAACCACAUGCACAUCUGACCACCAUCAUCAGACAGCAAAGGCAAGGUUUGAGAAGAGGGCUGCCAGCAGUGACAUAGGUCCUGAUCCAAAGCCGUUGAUUUCAAAGAGCCUUGGCUCACCACCACCACUACUACUACUUGGCAUUCAGCUUGAGUAACUGGGCUGGGCAUUGGGAAUCCUCAUAAGCAGAAGGGGGUGAGAAAUUUCUCACACACUUCCCCAUCCUGUGAAGCCAGACCUCUUGGUAACCAGAGUUUGCGGCCUUGAGGCCCUUAGAAAUGUUCCUGAGGGCACAUCCUGCUCUUCUAAAAUGCAUGUAUCAGCAACUUCAACACAAUUCUUAUCAGGAAGGAUGUGGGGUCAAGCUGCCCUUUCUGUGGCACCCAAAACCCCCUCCCCUCCUGCCUUGGUCAAGCUGAGGCUGCUGCAUAGCCAUUUUACGGCCUGCUGACUUGACUACUUUUAGCAAUACGCAAUAGUGGGUUCAGACACUUUACUGGUUUGACAAAAUCUCCCCAUACACAGCUUCCCAGGAGUGUCCUCAAACCAUUCUCUCACCAAUGCAGGGAGAGAAGGAGGUACCACGGGUAUAGAGAGUAAUAGACACACUGGUCCUAGCUUCUCCUUUUCCCAAGAUCUUCCUACAUGUUGCUACCCAGGGAGCCUGCAUAGUGUUGGACUCUACACCAUGCCGGGGAGUGAUCUUUUUCCUAUCCUACACUGUAGGGACUCCUCUGUAUGGCCAAUUCAUACACUGUGCUUCAGCAAAACUUUGAGUUCCAAUAUUAGGGAAUUUUUUGGCAGUAAAGGAGGAGUCCCUUGUACAGGCCAAUACACAGCAAAGGAAUGUGCAACAUGACUGCUACUUCAAAAUUGGCAUAGAAUAGCAACUCUUGAUAUAAUGUCCAUUAUGUGGGCUUCAAAAUGUUGAAUCUUCACUUGCAAAAUACCCUCUUUAAAGUCCUAUUGUUGGAAAGUUGUCUUGGCCAAAAAUAUGCCAACUAGAAUGGCAUAGAUUCUGUGAAGAAGGAAGAUUUACUAUUUUACAAACAAAACGCUUGGCUUUAUCUAUCUUUGAUUAUUACAGUGUAGCCACUUAGUUGAUUUUAUCAUUUCAUUACACAGCUAGAUGGAUUUUCCUUUCUUAUAUGAAGAUUGCUGGAUAACACCCGUCCUUGUGAUAAAUAGAUUUAGGAGGGGUUAUACUUCCAAAAUCAAACACAGACCUGGAAACAGCAGGAAAUCUGCCCCUUUUGUAGGACUUCAACAUUGUACCAAAGCCAAAGUCUGAUGCUGAGGCCGCUGUGGGUGACUUAACAUAGGGUUCAGCCUGCAUCUCCCAGUGACUUCUUUUCUUUUAUAUGGAGUUUCUCUUAUUUUCUCCUGUUGUUUUACAGCAUCUGGAUGAGUGGGUUCUCUUCUCUUGGAGGCCGUGAAAGGAGCGAUGUUUUGUGGUGCUCUUUAAUGAUGCAGCUACUGGUGUGCAAAGUAACUUGCUCAUUCAGGUGCUGAAAAACACCUAGAGAGACAGUGUGGUUCACUACACUGGACUGAGACUUGAGAGCUUGGGUGAAAUCUUUGUGCCACUGAAGUCAUGGUUCUGUUUCUUGUUCUGCUGCUGUCAUACUGUGUGACCUUGGGUGAGUUGUUUCCCUUCUCUGGGUCUGUUUCCCCUCCCAUUCUUUGCCUUUCCUGUCUGUUUGGAAUGAAAGCUAUUGGAGACAAGGAUUGUGUCUUAAUAUGUGUAUGCACCGUGCCUCUCGGUACUACUGUAAUGCAAAAAUAGUAAUAAGAAAAAAUGAAGGAUACUCUAGGACUCAGAGGCCCGACCGUCUAUAUCUGAGAUGGUCAAGGUUUCUUGUACUGUUCCUUUUUGAACCUCCCCUAAUGUGCAGUUUCUUGACUCCUAGAAUGCACCGAAACCAAUUUGGAUAAACACUGAAGUUCGGAGGCCUUUUCUAACCUUUUUCAGGUUCAACCAUCAUUAAUAAGAUUAUUACCUUCUCCUGGCCACUGCAGGAGUGGUUGUUACAUGAACUGAUGUAUUAAAGUUUAUGAAAACUGA